GUUUCAAUAUUUGUUAGGUAAAGGUUUCAUUUUUGGCGAUGUGACGAAAAAAGAACCUAAAUUGUGUCUUUUGUUCCUCCAACCGACCAAUCAAAGUUAAUUAUUAAUCCGAUCUAAAACAAAACACAUAUGAAGAACAUGUUUAACAACUGUUGAGUGUGUUCUUUGAUUUUUUGCAACAUCGCAAAGAAGAAAAUGGCUUUCAGAACAAGUGGAACACUGAUUUUAGCGACUCUCAUUUGGAUUUUCUUCCUCUGUGCAACCAUUGCUUUCUUUCAGCUCAAAUUGGUUGAAAACGGAACCCAUCAAGCUUCUUCUCAUGACAAAAUUCAAAACCAUCAUCACUCAGAUACCCUUUUGGAAGAUGAUUUGGAGGGUGUGACCAACAAGGUGUAUUUUGAUGUAGAGAUUGAUGGAAAAUCAGUGGGUCGCAUAGUCAUGGGCCUUUUUGGGACCACAGUACCGAAAACUGCAGAAAACUUCCGUGCGCUUUGUACAGGAGAGAAAGGGGUAGGAAAAAGUGGGAAUCCUCUUCAUUAUAAAGGGAGCGCAUUCCAUAGGAUAAUACCAAGCUUCAUGGUUCAGGGUGGUGAUUUCACCAGUGGUGAUGGAAGAGGUGGAGAAUCAAUCUAUGGUGAUAAGUUUGCCGAUGAAAACUUCAAGCUGAAGCAUACUGGUCCAGGAUACUUAUCAAUGGCAAAUUCUGGGCAAGAUACCAAUGGCUCACAGUUUUUCAUAACAACAGUAAAAACUAGCUGGCUGGAUGGACGCCAUGUUGUAUUCGGCAAGGUACUUUCUGGUAUGGAUGUUUUGCACAAGAUUGAAGCAGAAGGAAGUGAAAGUGGCUCUCCCAAACGUACGGUUGUCAUAUUAGACAGUGGGGAAUUAACUUCAUGAUAUAUAUGGUUUAAUAUAAGUUGAGACUGAUUCUACUAUGGUAAGUAGUCAGUAGUCUAUGAUUCACAAAUUCCUUGUGUAUACUUUACCAUUAAGCAAAUGAACAAAAUUUGCGGAUUACAAGCUCGUGUUCGUGUAAUUUAAAGCUGUAUUUUAUUUAUUGUUUUUCUUUUCUAAAUUGGUCUUGCUAAAGGGGGAGGGAUUGCUUGAGAUUGUAAUCAUUAACAAUAGAAAUCAGAGUGAACAAUGCUAUCCUCUGAAUUUGAAGACUAUUUUUUUUUUAUCUUUCAUAAUGGUUACCAGAAUAUAGUAUUCAAGUGCAUCA